GCGCCGUGAGCUCCCCUAGUCUGCUGAACCGCCGGCGCCGGACUCGCCUGCCUGGUCCUGGUCCGACAGACUGGCUGCGCGCUCACAGCGCUGCUCCGGGUGAUGUUUUGGGAUGAGCGCCCGUGGGAUUCACCAGGGAUACCUCAAGAAAUACGGUGGCUUUGUCUUCAAGCAAUGGAAGGAGAAAUUCUUCUUUCUGUCACUGGGGGGAUCAUUGGUCAUCUGCCGUGAUCAUGACUCGCUGCCUGAGAUGGAGGUGCCGCUGGCUACCAGCUGCCAUGCCAUCCUAAAGGGCAGCCAGAUCAGUGACUUGCCCCGGCUCCCGAUGGGCGCAGAGAGGGACUGCUGCUUGGCUCUGGUCCUCUCUGAAGGCAAACUACUCCUCUUACUAGCAGCGGAUAGUGAAGACUCCAGUCGAUGGCUGAAAAUGCUUAACAAGGUGAAAGAGUGCUUUUCACCCAGCGUGCCCAAAUGUAUGAUCCAUGUUGAUAAACAGCGCAGGAUGUCCUUCAGAGAGAAGGAGCACAUGGCAGGAGAAAAGACAUGCCAGCACCAUGAAGGCAAACCAAACAGGUCCAAAGUCCGUCGGUCAGCAGACUGCCUCCGCCACGGCGCCCAGUCCCACAAGGUGGUUGGGGCCGCCUGCCUUCUGGUGGGUGGGGCGGCAGUCGGCCCCACCCUCGGUUACUCGGUGACCUCAUCAGCCGCUCAACCUUCCGCCACUGCCUCACCAGAUUUCAAGGACCUCGGUAUCCACUCGUCCGAUGGCUGCCAAGAGGCCGACUGUGGAAGCUACAACACUUUUGAAUGUGAAGCUAUGGACCAGGACUUCGACACUUUUGACUUUGGGGGGUUUGCGUUCUAGAUGAUUGGUAGCCACGGCAACCUUAUUUUGUUCUCUGUGUCUUCCCUCUAGUUCCCCACAGGAUGGAUAAUCAUGCUAGCUUUGAACGUGAACUGGGAUUGAGUUUGACCUGGAUCACCGGUGCUGUUAUAGCAAUACGCUACUAUCCCUCUUGUUCCCAACAAGGAAAGGGCAUUAAUAAUCAUGCUAGCUCUCAACGAGGCUUGGCACUCCCUCCAUGAUAUUGACAGAGUCUCCAGGAGUUAGCAAGUAAUCUCCUGAAGUCUCAUUUUUUCAUGCUUAUAUCUUUCUUACAAUUUGGAACCCAUUUAGCCCAAGACUUCCAGAUCAUUCCCACCUCAUCCCCCCACCUGCCUGGGCAACCCCAGUAGGAUGACAUCAUUGUCUUUGAAUGCUUUUAUUAAUGGUCCAGUAGACUAGAUGAGAAAGGAUAUUUGGAGAGAUGUAUGAUGGAAUCUCCAGGGAUAUUUCCUAUCAAAGCUGGUAACCACACAGCAGACGUCCUUUAUUACUUUCAGUUGGGUCAAUUGUUAUAUUCAUAAAAUAUUAGAAUAUUAUACAAACAGGAGAGUUGCAGUAACAUUUCAAGAAUCCAGUAUAAUUUGUUCAGAAAUCCUGAUAGUUCAGGCUCUGGUUCACUGCAUUCUGUUUCCCAUGCUCUCUUUAAACCCACAGAGGCCUGUUCCCCCGCUCCAAGUAAACUCAACCAGGUCUUCUUUCCCACACUCUUUUCAAACUCACUGUGGCCCCAUUUCCCACUCCCUUUAAAUCCACCAAGUUCACUGGAAGUUUUAUUUUGCUAUUGGGUGAUAUUUUCUUUUAUUUGGAGAUACAGCACAGUAACUGACUCUUCCAGUCCGUGCCACCCAGUUGCACCCAUUUGGUCAAAUACGUCUUUGGAAUGUGGGAAAAAAACCCAUGCAAUCACAAGGAAGUACAAACUCCCUACAGUCAGCGUCAGAUUAAUAUCAUUAAACUAACCACUAUGCUACCAUGCUGUGGUAAAAAUUGUUUUAAAAAUACGAAUGAGAAGUGUUUUGGGAAUGGAUAGGAGUAACAUCUAAACCCUGGCAAGGGUACUAGACUAUCAAAGUUUCAUUGUGGUACGGCAUCGCUCUGUAGCCUAAAGAGGGACAAACUUCUUAAAGGAUGUCUAACCCACAAAGUAAAUGCACAUUAACCUCACAGGUUUUUUGUUUAAAAUCUGCACUGAUGCUCUUUGUUUCAUAUCUUGACCAGAAACAAUGAAGGUGGGGAAGAGAGUGAGAAAUUGGUCAGUUUCAUGGCUCUGAAAUAUUAUCUGCUUUUCUCUCUCCCCAGAUGCUAACUAAACUGUUGGGUACUUUCUGCAUCUUCUGUUUUUAGCUUAGAUUGAUUGAUUGAUUGAUUUAGUGAUACAGUGCAGAACAGACCCUUCCAGCCCUUCAAGCUGCACAGUUCAGCCAGCCACCUAUUUAACACUACCUUAAUUACAACCAGCUAACUGGUAUGUCUAUGGACUGUGGGAGGAAACCAGAGCACCUGGAAGAAGCCCACACAGUCAUGGUUAGCACGCAUGUACAUACUCCUUACAGAGGACCCUGGAAUUGAACCCUGAUGUAAUAGUGUCACGCUAACCACUGUGGUGCUCUUCAGCAUCUGCAGGGUUUUUUGCUUUUCAUUUAUUGUUCCAUAAUCUUCUAAUGAAUAGAAAAUAUUCAUUUAGGAAGUAACAAGGCUGAACUGAGCUUAUUCUGGCUCAACAGAAUUGUAUAUUUUUAAUAGUCAAUAAAACAAACAUUAAUAUGAAUGCUACCAUUGGAUUUGCCUUCCUCGCCACUGACUCAACCUACAAAUUCACCUUUAGGGAAUCCUGCAUGAGAACUCCCAAGUCUCUUUGCACUUCAGAUUUUUUAAUUUUCUGCCCAUUUAAAAAAUUGUCUACCCUUUUAUUUCUUCUACCGAAGUGUAUGACCACAGACAUCCCGACACUGUAUUCCAUCUGCCACUUUGCCCAUUCUCCUAAUCUGUCUAUGUCCUUCUGCAGCCUCUCUACUUCCUGAAAACUACCUGCACCUCCAUCUGUCUUAGUGUCAUCCUCAGACUUGGCCACAAAGCCAUCAAUUUUGUCAUCAAAAUCACUGAUAUGUAACGUAAAAAGAAGCAGUUCUAACAGAGAUCCCUGUGGAAAACCACUAGUCACCAGUACUCAACAGAAAAGGCUCCCUUUAUUCCCACAUGUUGUCUCCUGCCAAUCAGCCAAUCUUCAAUACAUCAGAAUCAGAAUCAUGAAAUUUGUUAACUUUAUGGCAGCAGUACAAUGAAAUAUAUGACAAAUAAAUAGAGAGAAAAGGACUUACAUUAAGUAUACACAUAUAUGUCUAUUAAAUAGCUAAGUUAAAAUAAGUAGUGCAAAAACAAAAACAGAAAUAAAAAAGUACAUGUUGGUAUCCUUGCCGUGAUACCAAGGACUCUUAUCCUGUUAAGCAGCCGGAUAUGCAGCACCUUGUCAAAGGCCUUCUGAAAAACCAAGUACCCAACAUCCACCAAUUCUUCUUUUUCUAUCCUGCUUAUUAUUUCCUCAAAGAAUUCCAACAGAUUUGUCAGAUAUGUUUUUCCCUUAAGGAAACCAUGCUGACUUUGGCCUAUUUUAUCAUGUGUCUCCAGAUCUUCUGAGACCUCCUCCUUAAGAAUCGACUCUAAUGUCUUCCUAACCACUGAGGUCAGACUAACUGGCCUAUCAUUUCCUUUGCCUCUCUUCCUUCCUGAAGAGUGGAGUGACAUUUGCAAUUUUCCAGUCUUCUGGAACCAUGCCAGAACUAGUGAUUUUUGAAAGAUUAUUACCAAUGCCUCCACAAUCUCCCCAGCCACUUCUUUCAGAACCCUGGGGUGUAUACCAUCUGGUCCAGGUGACUUAUCUACCUUCAAACAUUUCAGCCUCCCAAGCACUUCCUCCCAAUUGCAAUCACAUUCACUUUUGUCCGUGACACUCUCAAGCUAUCAUCAUCCUGCUAGUAUCUUCCACAGUGAAGGCAGAUACAAAAUACUUAUUCAGUUAGUCCAUUAUUUCCUUGUCCCCCAUUUCUAUCUCUCAAGCAUCAUUUUCCAGUGGUCUGAUAUCUGCUGUCACCUCUCUUACACUUUAUAUAUCUGAAAAAGCUUUUGGUAUCCCCUUCAUUAUUAUUGGCUAGCUUACCUUCGUAUUUCAUCUUUUCCCUCCUUAUGGCUUUCUCAAUCCUCUAGCUUCUCACUAUUUUCCCUCUAUUAUAUGAUCUCUCUUUUCCUUUUAUGUUGUUUUUGACUUCUAUUGUCAGCCAUGGUUGCAUCAUCCUGCCUUUAGAAUACUUCUUCUUUGAGAUGUAUCUAUCCUGCACCUUCCAAAUUUCUCUCAGAAACUGCAGCCAUUUCUCUUCUGCCAUCAUCCCUGGUUGCGUCCACUUCCAAUCAACUUUAGCCAGCUCCUCUCUUAUGCCUUCAUAAUUCCAUUUACUCCAAUGUAAUACUGCUACAUCUCACUUUAGCUUCUCCCUAUUAAAUUGCAGAGUAAAUUGCAUAUUAUGAUCACUGCCUCCUAAAGAUUCAUUUAUCGUAAGCUCCCUAAUCAAAUCCAUUUCAUUGCCCAAUACCCCAUCCAAAACAGACUUUCCCACAGUGGUUUCAACCACAAGCUGCUCUAAAAAGCCAUCUUGUAAGUAUUCUACAAAUGAUCUCUCUUGGGAUCUAGCACUAACCUGAUUUUCCCAAUCUACCUGCAUAUUGGAAUCUCACAUAACUGUUGUAACGUUGCCCUUUUGACAUGUGUUUUCUAUCUUCCAUUGUAAUUUGUAGCCCACAUCCUGGCUACUGUUCAGAGGCCUGUAUAACAACUCCUGCCAGGGUCUUUUUACCCUUGCAGUUUCUUAACUCUACCUACAAUAAUUCUACAUCUUCUGAUCCUACGUCACUUCUUUCUAAGGAUUUGAUUUCAUUUUUUUAUCAACAGAGUCACCCCAUUGACUCUGCCUAUCUGCUUGUCCUUUCAAUACAAUGUGUAUCCUUGGAUGUUAAGCUCCCAACUAUGAUCUUCUUUCAGCCACAACUUGGUGCUGCCUACAACAUCAUACUUACAAAUCUCUAACCGCGCUACCAGAUCAUCUGUCUUAUUCCAUAUACUGCAUGCAUUCAAAGAUAACACCGUAUUCAUCACCCUUUAAGAUUUUCCCCAAUGUUGCACUUGAAUUUAUCUAACCAUCUGCAAUUUUGCCAUACACCCUCACUGCGUACUGGCUCUAGUUGUAUACCAAAUGCCCCGUUCUCUGCUCUAUCACUCUGGUUCCCAUCCCCCUGCCAAAUUAAUUUAAACCUUCUCCAACAAAUCUAUCAAACCUGCCCGCAAAGAUAUGGGUUCCCCACUGGGUUUAGGUGUAAACAGCCCUUUGUCCGUUUCCCAGAAGAGCUUCCAAUUUCUUGUGUUUAUGAGUAUUCACUAUUUUACUGUUUACCCCACCUUAAUAGUCAAAAUUGUAAUUGAAGCAUUUUUUUUAGCUGAAGUGUAUUUUGAAGUGAGCAGGUAAUUGUAAUUGUGACCUCUUCAAUUGGGGAAUCAGGAACAAGAGGGCAUAGAUUUAAGACGAGAGGAAAAAUGUAGUAGGAGUUUAACAGGUAAAAAGGGUGGUAUGAAUGUGCAAUAAGCUGCAAGAGGAAAUGGUUGAGGUAAGCACAAUAACAAAGCAUAGAACCUUGUGGGUCAAAUGGGUCUAGCUUGGAUGUGCAUCCUGGGCUGAAGGGAUGUUUCCAAGCUAUUUGAUUCUAUGACGCUCUCCAAACGAUUAAGUGUGCCUGUCUGGAUUAGAUACGUUUGAAUGAAUGAGCGGAGAGCUGAGAAGCCAUGAGAGUGCUUUGCACAGAUAAUCCUGGAAUGCACUUGUCUCGGAGGAGGUGGGCUUCGUCGAGGAGCAACAGAUUGGAAUUUUAAACUUUCUUUACAACUGCUUUUUUUGUGACUUCAGACUGCAAUAUGCUGUGCUUCAAGUGGGAUCAAGCCCCCAGUGUAAUUAGUUACUAACAGAGGAUGCCAAGGUCAUUGAUGCCAGGAGAACUCACCUCUGUGGAAUGCUCCUCUGGCAUGAUGUGAGGGAAGUGUGGACACCUCCAUGUGUGCCAGAGGUGUGUCCAGCUGCAGCUCCUGACUGACUGCACCGUGCAGCUGGAGUUGAAGAUGAACUGUGGACACCUCCAUGUGUGCCAGAGGUGUGUCCAGCUGCAGCUUCUGACUGACUUCAUCAUGUAGCCAGAGUUGAGGAUGAAUUUUCCAUGGAGCAUUUGUGAUUUUAAGGGCACAUUGAGUGAGCUGGUCACUCCAAAAUUAUUGUCUGCAAAGAAGAGUGAUGGCCAUCUAGCAGGUGGAGUAGUGUAUACAAGCUUGGAGUGCAGCAGUCAAAGUUGCACAAGUGUUGAAGUUGUACAAGGCAUUGGUGAGGUCUAAUUUGGGGUACUGAGUGCAGUUCUGGUUACCUACCUACAGGAAAAAUGACUGAAAGAGUACCGAGAAAAUUGUCGAGGAUGUUGCUGGGACUUGAGGACUUAAGUUAUAGGAAAAGGUUGAAGAGGUUAGGACUUUAUUCACUGGAGCUUAGGAGAAUGAGGAGAGAUUUGAUAGAAGUAUACAAAAUUAUGAGGGUAUAGAAAGGGUAAAUGCAAACAGACUGUUUCUGUGCCGUAGUGCUUCAAAAAGGCCUGAAGUGUUGACUGUUCCUUUCUAUAGAUGGUGUCUGACCUGCUGUGUUCCUCCAGCAUUUUGUGUUUAUUUAUCUACCGAAGUUCGGUGAGACUAGAACUAGAGGUUGUAGGUUAAGGGUGAAUGGUGAAAUGUUUGAGGGAACCUGCAGGGGAACUUCUUCACUCGGAGGGUGGUGUGAGAGUGUGGAAUAAGCUGCCGGUGGAGGUAAUGGAUGCGGAGGUAACAGAAAUUUAGAUAGGUACGUGGAGGGCUAUGGUCCACUUGCAGGUUGAUGGGACUGGGUAGAAUAAUGAUUUGGUACAAACUAGACAGGCUGAAAGUCCUACUUCUGUGCUGUAGUGCUCAAAAAGAAGAGUUUGCAGUGGAUAUCACCUCUGGGACAGAUGUACUGCUUGAGGUGUGGCUAUGAAGGAAGCAGCAAAAAAUGAAUUUGUGGUUUCACAGAAGUCUCUGGUGACAGGAAGUAGCAAAAACAACAGAUGUGUACUGACAGAGGAUUUCAUUGUAAGCCGUUUCUGGGGGGGGGGAGUUAAACUUUUGAUAAGAUUAGCUUAACUUGUCACAUGUACAUUAAAACUUACAGCGAAAUCUCACUUUCGUCAACAAACUACACAGACCGAGUAUGUGCGGAGAGCAGACUACAAGUGUUGUCAAGCUUCUACCUCCAACAUAGCAUGUCCACAAUUAACUAAUCCUAACUUGUACAUUUUUGGAAUGUGGGAGGAAAUUGGAGCACCCAGAGGAAACCCACAAGUCACAGGGAGAAUGGGCAAACUCCUUCCAGUUAGUAGCCGGGAUUGAACCCCGAUCUGCCAAUCACUAGUGCUGUAAAGCAUCAUGCUAACUACCGCGUUAGGGUGACAACAGGUGCCUGGAAAAUAGUAAAUGUGGUACAUUAAUUCAGGAAGGGUAGCAGGUGUAAUCCAGUUAAUUACAGGCCUGUGAGGUUAAUGUCAGGCUGAGGGAAGCUCUGGAAAAUAUUCCAGGGAUGGGGGGGGGGGGCGCGGAAUUCAUCUACAAUUGGAAAGGUGGAGGCUGAUUAGGGAUAUUUGGCAUAGUUUUGUUGCUGGGAGAUCCAUGGGCUGAUUUGAUAAUUAUUUUCUUUGAAGAAAGAAUGAUAUAUUGAUGGAAGCAAUGUAUUGAUGCUAGAAUACAGGGAACAGUUUGUUUUUUUUUCAUGUGACUUAUUGAGAUUGUGAUCUAAGUUCUAUACCUGUCAACUAUCCAGACAAAUUCAACUACAGCAGAAGACAUAGUUUUGAAAGACAUCUUUAUUUUUAUAUAUAUAUAUAUAUAUAUAUAAUAUCCUGUUUUUAUUUUGGGCAGUAUGUACAAAAUGCUGGAGGAACUCAGUAAGUUAGGCACUUCUACGGAGGGUAAUAAAAUAGGGGAAAGGGUUAUGUAGAUGUAGAGCAGACCAGACCUGGAGCAAGAAGGACCCGUUAUAAAUUGGGGGACCGCUUUGUCAAGCACCUUCAAUCUGUCCACCACAAAAGACAAGAUUUUCUGGUGGCUACUCAGUUCAGCUUCCCAUUCUCAUUCCAACAGGUCUGCCCAUGGUCUUCUCUGCUACCAUAAUGAGGCCAAACUCAGAUUGGAGGAGAAACACCUUGUUUUGUCUGAGUAGCUUCCAAUCUGGUGGCAUGAAUAUUGAUUUCUCAAACUUCUGAUAAUCUUCCCCACUUUCCUCCUCCUGUCUCAUUCUGAUUACCAUCUCAUACUUUCUCACCUGCCCAUCUCCUCCCUCCUUCCCUUUUUUCCAUGGUCCACUCUGUUUCUUUCUUCAGCCCUUUACCUCUUCUACCUGUCACCUCCCAUCUUCUUUCUCCAUCCAAACCUUCCCCAACUGGUUUCACCUAGCACCUGCCGGCUUGUAUUCCUUCUCCUCCAUCCAGCUUAUUAUGGCUUCCUCUCCCAUCCUUUCCAGUCCUGAUGAAGGGUCCAGGCCUAAAUGUUGACAGUUUAUUUCCCUCCAUAGAUGCUGCCUGGCUUGCUGAGUUCCAAAGCAACACACACAAAACACUGGAGGCACUCAGCAGGUCAGGCAGCAUCUACAGAAAUGAAUUAACAGUCAAUAUUCUGGGCUAAGGCGUUUGUUCAGGACUGGAAAGGAAGGGGGAAGACACCUGAAUAAAAAAGUAUGAGGGAGAGGGGAAAGAGACGAGGCAAAACCAGAUGGAUGGGUAAGGUAAAGGGCUGGAGAGGAAGGAAUCUGAUAGGAGAGGAUAGUGGACGAUAGGAGAAAGGUAAGAAGAGGGGACCUAGGGGGAGGUGAUAAGCAGGUGAGAAGAUGUAAGAGGCCAGAAUGGGGAAUAGAGUUCCUCCAGCAUUUUGUGUCUGACGCUCUGAAUUUCCAUCAUCCGCAGAAUCUCGUGUUUAUGUUCUGUUUCUAUUUUUACUUGAUCUUAGAGUGACCAAUAAAGUUGCUCCAUGAAAACUCUGGUGAAUAAUUCACACUUUUGCGUCAAACUUUAUUCCCUGUAGCUCUGAAGCGAUUAACUACAGAUGGUGGUGAUUUUGUUGGAAUAGAGUUAAUUUAAGUGUCUAGCUUAUAAUGCCUGGUAAUAGCCAAUAAACUCUGACUGCAUUGAGUGUAGUUGUGAGUGUCUGUAAUGUUUAAGGGUUCUGAAUAUCACGCACCCUUAAAAAUCAAAGUGAAUUCUACUGCAGAGAGUCGGGGGUGACAAUCCUGAGUCUCCACUUUGUCAGGGGUUAUACAGGGUUUGAAUUGAAACAGAUACUGUACAUCAUAAUAAAGCAUAUACACUUCAUUAGGUACAUCUGUACCCUUGCUCAUUAAUACAAAUAUCUUAUUGGCCAAUCACGUGGCAGCAACUCAAUGCGUAAAAACUUGCAGAUAUGAUCAAAAGGUUCAGUUGUUGUUCAGACCAAUGGGGAAGAAAUGUGAUCUAAGUGACUUGACAGUGGAAUGAUUGUUGGUGCCAGAUGGGGCAGUUUGAGUAUCUCAGAAGCUGCUGAUCUCCUUGGAUUUUCACACACAACGGUUUAGAGAAUGGCGUGAAAAACAAAACAUCCAGUGAGCAGUAGUUCUGUGGAUUAAAAUGCUUUGUUAAUGGGAGAAGUCGGAGCAGCAUGGCCAGACUGGUUCAAGCUGAUAGGAAGGCAUUAAUCAUUCAAAUAACCACGCAUUACAAUCGUGGUGUGCAGAAGAGCAGCUGUGAACACACACUCAGUGGCAACUUUAUUGGUACAGGCGGUGCCAAAUGAAGUGGCCUCUGAGUGUAUGUUCAUAGAAGUUAUUUAUUUGGAUUUUUCAUUCCUAAUUACA